UAACAGGAGUCGCCCCGCUCCUUCCUCAUUCACCCGCUGCCCUGUGCCGUAGAGGCGGCAGCUCUGGAGGUUCACACACCGCCCAGUGAAGCGCUCAGCCCGGGCCUGGAAUCCGUGUUAGCCUCGCCUGUCUUCGCUGGUCGGCACUGGAAGGUGCACACCGGGGGUUUGGGUGGAGUUCUUGCCCGAUCUGAGGAAUGUGAGGAAGGAGACGCACAUCGGCGGUUUACCCGGGAGGAGCGAUACCAGUCGGUACGAAGCUAAGAGAAGUUCUGCAUCAAAGUUGGAGGUUCAAAUUUCUCCUCUCACCCCUUAGCCCUGACUUUGACCCCACCCCUCUCAAACCAUGGCACACAGAUCUCAGAGUUCAUCGAUUGGCGAUAACCCCCUCGACCCAAACUACCUAGCCCCACAUUAUCGUGAGGAGUACCGUCUAGCUAUUGAUGCUCUGAUAGAAAAUGACACCCAGGGCUACUAUGAGUUCCUCCAGACUGCAGAUGUGGUCGAUUUCCUGGCACAGCAGGAAAUUGAAUUUAUCAAGUCCACAAUCCAGGCUCCCAACCAGACCUUUAGCUUCCCAGAGCUGACUUACCAUGAGGGAGGUCCAGAGGCUGAUGGCUCCUCUGACACCUACUGGCCGAUGCAGUCCGACGUCGCUGCCCCGGGGCUGGACCUGGGCUGGCCGCUGCCACAGCACAGCUUCAUGGGGCCCACAGAGGUCACCACUCUGGUCAACCCCUCUGACCCAGACAUGCCAAGCAUCAAGGAGCAGGCCAGGAGACUCAUCAAGAAUGCAUGCCAAGUUAUUGCUGUGGUGAUGGACAAGUUCACAGAUGUUGAUAUUUUUGCUGACCUCUUGGAUGCAGCAGCACGUCACGUUCCUGUUUACAUUCUACUGGAUGAGCUAGAAGUCCAUCACUUUGUGUCUAUGGUCAUCAACUGUAAAGUCAACUUGGACCUAAUUCCUAUGAUGCGUGUCAGGACUGUGGCAGGAAUAACUUAUUAUUCCCGGACGGGGAAAUCAUUUAAGGGGCAGGUGAAAGAUCGCUUCCUACUGGCUGACUGCAGGGCAGUACUCAGUGGCAACUACAGUUUCAUGUGGUCCUUUGAAAAGAUCCACCGCUGCAUCGCCCACCUCUUCCUCGGGGAGCUGGUUGCCACCUUUGAUGAAGAGUUUCGCAUUCUCUUUGCUCAGUCAGAGCCUCUAAUCAUUGGCCCAUCCAAUGGAGCACUUGCUAUCUCUGACACCAGCAGCACCAGCAGUUACUUCAGCAGCCAGUUAGGUUUGAAGAGGACCCAGUCUUUGCGUAAUCCCAUAGGUUACCGCAGGCAGCCUGAGAUUCCCUCUGCCUUCCCCUAUGGAGACUCUGAUCGUAACCUUGCACUUCCUUUCCGGAGGAAUGACCCAUUUCGUCACACCAUUGAACCUGGGGCAGGAAUUACAAUUGGGAAAUAUUCCCAGCAACAGUUUCGUCUGCAGCAGUCAUUCCUGGAGCAGGGAAGGUCCAUAGUUUCCAGGCAGAUGGAGAUGAGUUCGAGUGCCUUCAAGAGGCACAGCUAUGCAGAGGGAACCCAGGAAAACUACACAUCUUCAAGGCAAUACAUGAAGCACAGAGUCAUGAAUAAUCUGGAUGAGACAGACUUCCACAGGGAGCAGACCCAAAGUAGCCAUCACUACGCUGAAGGGCCUGGGCCAGGUUCUGGCCACGGACACUACAACAGACUUCAAGGUCGUCCUCCAUACCUCUCCAUUGACCAGUAUUCAGACUCAAGCUAUCGCUCAGAUCUGGAGCCUCCACCCGUAAACUAUGGCCGAGAUUACUUUUCAUCUGAGGACUUAAGAGGACCUGAGGGGAACCAGGCUCAUCCAUUAGCUGGGAGGUAUGGAGGAGGUUCCUCCCAUAAGAGGCCAACCAUAGGUCAGGCGUAUGCCUGUCAAAGCUCACCCACACAGCCCCACCCACCAGAGAAGAAACAGUUUCCCAAACAAUCUGAUCAAGAGCAUGACCAAGAUGAAGAUGCUAGGCAAGGCCUGAGGAGUUGGAGAAUCCAUUCCUAUCUUAGCGCUUAUGAGGACGGUGGAGAAGAAGGUCUGACUCAACCUACAGGGCCUGAUGCAUUUGAAGAUCCUCCACCAUCUCAGCAGCCAACUGUCACUGAAAGUUCAGCUCCCCGCUUUGGAAUAAAAGAGCCACAGAAUGUUCCCCCCAAACCCAGACCAGAUAUCCUGAGACCACGCUUUGGAAAGCCCACCUUACCUGAGAGCAACAGUAAAGACUCUGCCUCAACAACAACCAAGGAUCUGCUUCCGUCAGUCGAGAGGGAGGCAGCGAAGGAAAGGGAGAGAGAGCCAGGGAGGGGUGCAGCAAGGGAGGUGGGUGUAGAUGUGGAGGUGAAAGAGGCUCCAGAUCGCUUCCUGUCCAAACAUGAAUCAUUCCAUUCACGUGUUAACCCACUUCUUCAACGUAGCUCUCGUCUGCGUUCCUCGCUUAUUUUCUCAUCUUCCAAGGCAGAGAUGCACAGUGGUAGCCUGGGCUUAAAACCAGCCACAGAGGAAGAAGAGCAGUUAGACUCUGUACGCACUUCCUCAAUUGUGGCCCAAAUCCUAGAGAAGAGGAGGUCAUUUUCUCGUGAGCCUUUUGAGUGGAGAAAGAAGGCUGAGGAAAAAGAUAAGGAGAAAGAAAGGGAGAAGGAGAAAGAGAAAGAAGAAAAAGAGCAAGAUGAAAAGGAGAUUCAAUUUAAAGAUGAGAUUAAAGCAAAAGAGGAGCCACAGAACACUAACGAAGAGGUAAAGCCUACACCAAUUGUCGAGACAUCUGAAGUCACAACAUCAUCAUCUCUGAACAUGAAUGACCCAGCCAAUCGACUAGAGUAUUUCAAAGACCUGGCUGCCAAAAGAAAAGCCUCAAAAAUGGGGACAGAGUCAUCGCUAAAAUCCCCAGAGCCUGCUGAAAAAAAGCCAGACCUUUCUGAUAAACUUCCCCUAAACACAGCGGCAACUCCAAAGGUCCGAACAGUCUCUGUUAGUUCAGCAGAAUCUGAACCAAAGAAGCUAGACAUCGCUGCAAAACUGGCAGAGCUCACUCGCAGACCUUCACUUAGUUCCUCAAAACCACCCAUAAUCUCUACCAAGCCUUCUGCGAGCUACCUGAGGCCUUCAGAGACAACUCAACCUCAUAAAGAGGAGAAUGCGUCAGAGGGCCAAAAGAAGGAUAUAUUCAAGUCUCUAAAGCCCCUUCCUUCGCCUAAGAUCUUCAAGAGGGACCCGCUGAAGCUCAAAGGACUGAAUCCUCGUCGCGUGUCCUGUGGUGAGGAGACUCUGACCACAGACGCUACAGAUGCAGAGAAGAGUGAAAUGAAAAAGAACCGCUCUCAUAGUUCUUCAACUCUGCCACGUGAUGACUUUAAGGAAGGACUGCAAAAGGUUAUGGGAUCUAAUACAUCCAUCAACACACUUGGUGAGGGAAAGGGUGAGGGUAAGACACUCGACUUCUUAAAGAAGCAGACUCAGAGGCUAAAGGGAUUCCUGGGGCCCAAGGAUAAAGAAAAGAAAUCUUCAGGAGAUGAUAGGGGCAUGAGCACGGUGAUGGAGAUCCCUGGAGAUUCAAGCAAAAAGCUGAGUUCAUCAGCUAAAGAUACAGGAUCUACCACUACCGACCAAACUACAGCCAAUCACAAGACAUCAACCAGCAUAUCGGGCCCAUCUCGAUACCAGGCCCCGGGCAGCUCUGUUCUGUACAGUAGCAACCUACGAGAUGACACCAAAGUCAUUCUAGAGCAGAUCUCGGCCAACAGCCAGAAGAACCGACUGGAGCGAGAAGCGACAGGGGGGGACAGAGAUAGUGACACCGGGGAGAAGGGGCUUGAGAGACAGAACUCCAUAAAAAAGAAUCGAUUUCUGCGACCGCAGGGCAACAUCCAGGAGCGGGAGGGAUUGCUGAAGAGGAUAGAGAGUUUGAGGAAGGAGAAGAAGGUCUACAGCCGCUUUGAGAUGGGGAAUAACCUGGGAUAACGAAAGAUGGAGGAGCGACCUUUUAUAUGGAAACUAUUUAUGCAAGAUGAUCAAAAAGACCCAUUGUCCAUGUGUGCCAACAACACUAUCAAAGUACCUCUGUGUCUCCAUGCUGCAGCCUUUCCUGGAUUUUCACACAAAGUAAUAAAACUUGAAAAGACAUAUAUAAAAAUGCUGAAAACAAUCUAAAGUCACUGAGUUUGGAAUGUGCCUGUUUGCCAAGACCUGGUACUACUUUUACCUUAUAUGGUAACUGAGAGAAAGAAGAGUGACUACUUGCAUACUGGUUUCAUGGGCUAAUGUUUAACCAAACAGAAAAAGGUAGGGCAACUUACCUAUAAUUGAGCUUGUAUGAACGUGACUGAGGGAUAAGAGAAAUACAGUACAUAUUGCACCCGAGGGAAAGAAAACAUGCCAGCUAUAAAACAUGGCUGUAUAUGACUGCACAUGUAUAGUACCAGUGUUGUGUGUUUCUGCAAGUGUCUGUUUAGCUGGGACUUGUUUGAAACUGAAUGGGAGAAAGUGUCCUUGUGGAUUCACCGUGUGCCAAUGACCCACCAAGGGCAAAACUAGAAGGACUAUUAUUAACCCAGACCAGAAAGCAAAGCUGAGAAACAGCUUAAGAUGAACAGAAUAAGAUGCAGAAUUGAUGAAGGGUAAAAAUGUAAGGGCAAGUCUGUGAGAUUAUAGAGAAUAAAGAGUGAGACAAAAUCUGAAUCAGAAAGUGAGAAAAUGUGUUUUCUAAUGUCUAAUCUAAUGUUGAGGCAGCAGCAGUAGAGUUUCCAUAGAAAGUAGAGCCUGUGGUGAACUUUACCCUCUCAACAGAGCGCUAUGUACCUUUCUAUUAAGGCGUGGACCCACUUCUCAGGGUUGAAGCUAUCAAAUAACCAUUCAGAGAGGGGGCCUACAAGCUUUCACGGUUAGAGGAGAGGAGUAAAAAGAAAUGUAAGUGUACAAGUCUUUGUCUUAUGUAAUGUAAAUAAAAAUGUAAAGCAUUUACAGUUGCCCUGGCUCACUGUAACAAAUAGAAAUUUUUUACAUGACUCAAAAAUGUGCCGUUUCUUUCCUUACAUGGACAUUUAAAUUAGUCAGGACCUCUAAAGGAAAGGAAGAGAAAUGGAUAGCUACAUUUUGUAGUACUGGAGCAGGGCAAUGCCUCCUUACAUAAGUCACCUAACUUCAGAGACCUACGCCCUACGCAGACUCUUAACUCCUUUGUUGGUCUGUAAACCAAAGAUUUAGUUAUAUGGUACAGUUCCCAGGCUGCUUGACAGCUCGGCUGGGCAUAGAACAAUUUAGUGUUUAGUGUGUUUUUGUACAGUACAUCAUCAGAUUGGAAGAUCUAUUGCUAUUUGGACACUUAAGGGGUUACAGUGUUUUCUAUGCAGGGUUAUAUUGUACAUAUUUAUAUAUAAAAAAAGGGCUUUGUGAUAUUCUAAGUAACAAAUUAGAUUAUGAUCACCCUCACUGUACUAUCAAAGUACCUUGUGUUUAUUAUUAAUUAAUAUGCAAGUUUGUGGUCUUGGCUGUAAAAACUAAUUGGCAUUAAUUAGGGGGAAAUCAGUCAAACAGGGUCAAUGUGUUCUUUUUUUUUUAAAAACCUGAGAUAGUAUUAUGCUGUAUUUGAAAUACUUAAAGUCUUCUAUUAAAUCUGUUUAAAACUGAAGUUGAAUGUGGCUGUGUGCACAUAUAUUAAGUACAUGUGUAUAUUGUAGUGAAUGGUUGUACUGUUUUCAUUUAUAGGCUCUUUAAGAUUCAUAAAAUAAAACCCACUUGACAGUCUCA